GACAACCCCAACCUCAACCUCAAGUCACGCUCUCCCAAGAAUCCCAAGGUUCACUCAGACACUCACUCUCACCUCUCUACUUCACUCACCGCACGGUCACUGCCGAACACAACGACAGCCAACAACGGAGGUCGUCACUCGUCACUCUCCUCGCCGGCUCCUCUGUUUCUCCCCCGCGCCGUCAGUGUUUGCUCGCCUCUGCUUCCUCCGCUCCUCUGCUCGUCUCUGCCUCCUCCGUCUGUGUCAUCCCGGCCUCCUUGGCUCCGCCGUACCUCGCCUGUCUCUGCCUCCGCCUCGUGCCUCGUCUGCCUCUGCUUUCCCGUCGUCAUCGUGUUGGCAACUCUUCGAAGCUCAGCUCGUGCCGAAGCUCUGCUCUCUCUCGCCGGUGGCUUGCUCUGCAACGGUGAACACUGCAACGACCCCAAGUUGGAAAAUCGUCCCUGACUCUGUUUCUGGCUUUCUGCUUCUGCUGUAGGCUUCGGAGGCUUUUGGUGGAAAGCCUGAAAAAGGGUUUAGGGUUUUGUGCUGUUGGAAUAAGAUAGGUGUUUUAGGAGAAAACCCAACUAAAAAAAAAAUUGCCAUACAUGUAAAGCAGUCUUGUGUGUUGUGUGUCAUCUGAUCAUCUCCUCAAACGCCAAACGCCACCGUUUUUGGCCUUCCCACCUGACUCCAACAAAAGCUCCUCCUCACACAUACACAGAAUUGUAACAUUAUCCUAUUUUUUCCUUUCCUUUUCGGAACAUACAAUUCCCAUGGAAGCUCAACAAAUCCUCUCUAGGUUUUGCCCCAAACCCUCGUCACUCCUGCUACCUUCUCAUAAAAAGCUUCAUACUUUACCUUGUGUUGGGCCCAAGAACCUUGGGAUUCAGAGAUUGGGGUGCAGUUACACUGAGGGAAAGAAGAAGAGGGUCUUUUGUGUAAGGAGGACGAUAGAAGAAGAAGCAGCGGAGGUGAAAGUUGGGGCCACUAUGCCGGCGAGGAGGAAGAAGCUGGCAGUGUUCGUGUCCGGUGGAGGGUCCAACUUCAAGUCCAUUCACGAGGCUUCGUUGAAGGGUUUACUCCAUGGUGAUGUUCUUGUUUUGGUCACAAAUAAACAUGAUUGUGGAGGUGCUGAGUAUGCAAGAAAUAAUGGUAUCCCAGUUGUUUUGUUCCCUAAAGUAAAGGAUGGAUCUGAUGGGCUAUCUCCAAGUGAGCUUGUUGACACACUAAGGAGUUUCCAAGUUGAUUUUAUUCUUUUAGCUGGAUUCCUCAAACUUAUACCUGUUGAAUUGAUUCGGGCUUAUGAAAAGUCCAUAUUAAACAUUCAUCCAUCACUUCUUCCAGCUUUUGGAGGCAAAGGAUACUAUGGUCUGAAGGUGCACAAAGCAGUAAUUGCUUCGGGCGCAAGAUAUUCAGGUCCUACAAUUCAUUUCGUUGACGAACAUUAUGACACGGGGCGUAUCCUUGCUCAACGUGCCGUCCCUGUACUGGCUAAUGACACUGCAGAGGAGUUGGCUUCCAGGGUUCUCAAGGAGGAACACCGGUUAUAUGUGGAGGUGGUCGAAGCUUUGUGCGAAGAGCGUAUAGUUUGGAGGGAAGACGGUGUCCCUCUCAUUCGAAGCAAAGAUAACCCCAAUGAGUUCUGCUAAUUAUGGGGAUUUUGCUAGCUAUGGAACUUCACAAAUACAUAAAUAAUUAGGUAAUAAAAGAAUUAAUAAAUGAGCAAUUAGGGGGGCGAUCCUUCAAGAGGUCCACAAACCCUUGAAAAAUAAUCUAAUAAUCUAAUUAGGAAGCCACAAACAUCUCUUUUAUUGUAUAUAUAAACUUGUUAUAAUUUUUCUUUCCCAAUAGAUGAUGAGGGCUGAUGACUUCAUAAUUUUGGACCCCUUUUACCCCAUACAAACUAGAAACUUGGCAUCUCAUUAUUGUUAUUUUUUUGGGUGAGCUCUAUGACAUCCAAAUUCAGUUAUAUAUAUUUGUAUCACAUUCGUAGU